CACAAAUUCAUUACUUCAGAUGUCUUUAAGUGAAUUGCAACCGCCACUUACAACUUCAUAUGUCGAUACAUCUUCUACCAAAAUAGAAACGAGUCCCACAGCUUCAAACCCCGAGACGUCUUCCACCGAAAGGCCACUAACUCUUACAUCUAAAGUUGACUAUACAACUGUCCCAGCAAUACAACCAUCUGUCACUAGUUCUAGUGCCCAGUCUGGAAACACCAAAACUAUUAAUAUGGUCUCUGUUACCCCUGGUCCAUGCAAUAAUAUCUUCGACACCUCCAAACAGAGUCUCCUAAUGACGAAUCCUAGUAGUGAAACAACCUUGUCCACGACAAUAAUCCCUAUUUCCACAAACAAAAUUCAGACUACCACUUCCACCAGUAUCCCUCCAACGCAAGUUACAGACGCCUCAUGUCGCAAUUCCACAAAGGCCGACAUCAUAUUUCUGAUGGACGCUUCUAGCAGCA